CUUAUGCUGGUCAUCAUGGAAAGAUUCAAGUUUCUGGUUUUGCUCUUAUGGGUGUCUGGAUGCACGGCACUAAAGGCACAGCAAAGCCUGCAGAGAAACCAGAGAGAAGAUGCUGUGCUUACCUCAUGUGACUUUAAUGAGGAUAGUGAGCCACUCUGCAGCUUCACUCAGGACACCACAGAUAACAGUGACUGGACCCGACAUACAGGUUCAACGCCGACAAUUGGCACCGGCCCCCCUGGAGACUACCCUGAUGGAAACGGUUAUUAUGUCUACCAUGAGUGUGACAAUGUGGCCAAUGGACAAAAAGCUCGUCUGCUGAGCCCCGUCAUCUCCUCACCAGCAUCUAAGAUCUGUGUUCAUUUCCGGUACCACAUGUAUGGAUCCGACACACACAACGUGUUGAAGGUUCUGUCAAAAACAUCCGCUGGUGACAACGAGCUCUGGAUAAAGACAGGCCCUCAGAGUCCAUCCUGGUUGGGAGAUUCUAUCACGGUGUCCAAAGCAAGCAGUGAGAGUGUUACUAUUGUGUUUGAGGCUCAAAGAGGGCUCACUUCAUCCUGUGACUCAGCUCUGGACAACAUAGUCAUUACUGAUGGAGAAUGUGCUGUUUGUGACUCUGAAUGCAACUUUGACACUGGGGGCGAUCUGUGUGGGUGGACAGUUGAAAACGACAAUCCACUAGUGUUCGGUUUUAUUCAAUAUGCUGGGCAAACAGAGACAGAGGGCACCGGACCUGACGACGACUUCUCAAAACCUGGAUUUGGAGAAUACAUGUUGCUGGAUUCUUUUGAUGCUAUCCCUGGAGAGAGUUCUCAACUCAUUAGUCCUAUGAUACCAUCCACCUCUGGAUGUUUGGAACUCAGCUUUCAUUACUACCUGUUUGGUACCAGCACCACCAUGGAAAUCAGUGUCCAUGCCAUCACAGCAGGUGGAAGCCUUGGAAACCCAUUAUUUACUGUCACGGGUAACCAGGGUAAGGGCUGGAAACCUGCAGAGGUUCGCCUGGAGGGAACUGGGAACAUUCAGUUUGUAAUUGUUGGCAAAUAUGGUGAAACACCGGAGACUGAUGUUGCUGUUGAUGCCGUGUGCAUCAAGUCCUGCACCGCUCUGCCAACAACACCAAAACCAUCAACUCCUAGACCAACUACACAGAAACCACCAACUCCUAGACCAACUACACAGAAACCACCAACUCCUAGACCAACUACACCAAAACCAUCAACUCCUAGACCAACUACACCAAAACCAUCAACUCCUAGACCAACUACACAGAAACCACCAACUCCUAGACCAACUACACAGAAACCACCAACUCCUAGACCAACUACACAGAAACCACCAACUCCUAGACCAACUACACAGAAACCACCAACUCCUAGACCAACUACACCGAAACCAUCAACUCCUAGACCAACUACACAGAAACCACCAACUCCUAGACCAACUACACCGAAACCAUCAACUCCUAGACCAACUACACAGAAACCACCAACUCCUAGACCAACUACACCAUCACAACCAUGUCCACCUAAUGCAGAGUACAUAGAUUGUGGUCCAGCUUGUAUCCCUACAUGCAUGGAACCUUCCACCAACUGUUCUGGUUCCUGCAUCAGUGGAUGCUUCUGCAAACCUGGAUUUGUCUUCAAGGGACGAAAGUGUGUUCCUCUGGAUAAAUGUGGCUGCUUGGAUGAUGACAACAACUAUUAUGAGCCUGGUGAGCUAGUAUCAGCAAAUGGAUGUUCAAAGUUGUGUCGCUGUUUGGGGAACUACACUUUUGAAUGUGUUGAUAACUCCUGUGAUCCAACUGAAGAGUGUCGAGAGGUUGAUGGUGUUUCUAGCUGCUAUCCUAAAGGUACAUCAACAUGCAUAGCAUCUGGAGAUCCUCACUACACAACCUUCGACAAACGCAAAUACAACUUCAUGGGCAACUGCAGCUAUUUGAUGUCUGCACCUUGCAACACCACAAGUCUGCCGUACUUUGAGGUCCACACAGACAACGAAUACCGAUACAACAGGCUCACCAUCUCCUAUGUCAAGGCUGUACAUGUAUAUGUGUACAUGAUGAAGAUCUCCAUUCUCAAAGGUGGAACUGUGCAGGUGAAUGGGACCAAUGUAAACCUUCCAGUGAGUCCAUCCCCUGGUGUCUCUGUCUUCAUGUCAGGAAUACAUUACACCGUGUCCACAAACUUUGGCUUAACUGUUCGCUAUGAUGGAAACCACUUCAUGGACAUCAAAGUGAUCAAGGACUAUGAGGACAAACUGUGUGGACUGUGUGGAGAUUACAAUGGAAACACUGAAGACGACUUCCGUACACCAGAUGGAUCCUUGACAAGCAAUCCAAAUGACUUUGGUCACAGCUGGAACACUGAUCCAGAGUGUAAUCAGAAACCUAACACCACCAUUCCUGGAUGUGAUCAAGAAGAGGAGGAUCUUUAUGAGAGCUCUGGAUACUGUGGCAUCCUGCUGGAUAAAAACGGCCCCUUUGCUGCAUGCCACCCCAAAGUCAACCCAAACAAUUACUUCAGGGACUGUGUGUUUGACUUGUGUGAGCUGGAUGGAGCCAGACCCAUUCUGUGUGAAGCUAUUGAGGCCUAUGUCACUGAGUGCCAGGACCGUGGAGUCGCCAUUGGAGCCUGGAGGAAUGAAACUUUUUGUCCGCUGAACUGCAGCAGUAACAGCCACUAUGAGCCCUGUGCUGACCCCUGUCAGGAGACCUGCUCUGGAAAACCUUCCUCCUGUGGCGGACCGUGCUCUGAGGCGUGUGUGUGUGAUUCUGGUUAUGUGCUAAGUGCUGGCAAGUGUGUCGCAAGUAAUACUUGUGGCUGCAGUCACACAAAUGGCCAGUAUUACGAGCCUGGAGAGGAGUUCUAUUUGGAGGACUGUAAACUGAAGUGCAAGUGUAAUGCUCCAUUUGUUACCUGUGAGGCGUCAGAGUGUCCCCCGAUGCACGAGUGCAAAGUGCAGGAUGGAGAUUUGGGCUGCUAUCCUAAACCAACUCCUCCACCAACUAAACCACCAACUCCUCAUCCAACUACACCUCCAAAACCAUGUCCACCUAAUGCAGAGUACAUAGAUUGUGGUCCAGCUUGUAUCCCUACAUGCAUGGAACCUUCCACCAACUGUUCUGGUUCCUGCAUCAGUGGAUGCUUCUGCAAACCUGGAUUUGUCUUCAAGGGACGAAAGUGUGUUCCUCUGGAUAAAUGUGGCUGCUUGGAUGAUGACAACAACUAUUAUGAGCCUGGUGAGCUAGUAUCAGCAAAUGGAUGUUCAAAGUUGUGUCGCUGUUUGGGGAACUACACUUUUGAAUGUGUUGAUAACUCCUGUGAUCCAACUGAAGAGUGUCGAGAGGUUGAUGGUGUUUCUAGCUGCUAUCCUAAAGGUACAUCAACAUGCAUAGCAUCUGGAGAUCCUCACUACACAACCUUCGACAAACGCAAAUACAACUUCAUGGGCAACUGCAGCUAUUUGAUGUCUGCACCUUGCAACACCACAAGUCUGCCGUACUUUGAGGUCCACACAGACAACGAAUACCGAUACAACAGGCUCACCAUCUCCUAUGUCAAGGCUGUACAUGUAUAUGUGUACAUGAUGAAGAUCUCCAUUCUCAAAGGUGGAACUGUGCAGGUGAAUGGGACCAAUGUAAACCUUCCAGUGAGUCCAUCCCCUGGUGUCUCUGUCUUCAUGUCAGGAAUACAUUACACCGUGUCCACAAACUUUGGCUUAACUGUUCGCUAUGAUGGAAACCACUUCAUGGACAUCAAAGUGAUCAAGGACUAUGAGGACAAACUGUGUGGACUGUGUGGAGAUUACAAUGGAAACACUGAAGACGACUUCCGUACACCAGAUGGAUCCUUGACAAGCAAUCCAAAUGACUUUGGUCACAGCUGGAACACUGAUCCAGAGUGUAAUCAGAAACCUAACACCACCAUUCCUGGAUGUGAUCAAGAAGAGGAGGAUCUUUAUGAGAGCUCUGGAUACUGUGGCAUCCUGCUGGAUAAAAACGGCCCCUUUGCUGCAUGCCACCCCAAAGUCAACCCAAACAAUUACUUCAGGGACUGUGUGUUUGACUUGUGUGAGCUGGAUGGAGCCAGACCCAUUCUGUGUGAAGCUAUUGAGGCCUAUGUCACUGAGUGCCAGGACCGUGGAGUCGCCAUUGGAGCCUGGAGGAAUGAAACUUUUUGUCCGCUGAACUGCAGCAGUAACAGCCACUAUGAGCCCUGUGCUGACCCCUGUCAGGAGACCUGCUCUGGAAAACCUUCCUCCUGUGGCGGACCGUGCUCUGAGGCGUGUGUGUGUGAUUCUGGUUAUGUGCUAAGUGCUGGCAAGUGUGUCGCAAGUAAUACUUGUGGCUGCAGUCACACAAAUGGCCAGUAUUACGAGCCUGGAGAGGAGUUCUAUUUGGAGGACUGUAAACUGAAGUGCAAGUGUAAUGCUCCAUUUGUUACCUGUGAGGCGUCAGAGUGUCCCCCGAUGCACGAGUGCAAAGUGCAGGAUGGAGAUUUGGGCUGCUAUCCUAAACCAACUCCUCCACCAACUAAACCACCAACUCCUCAUCCAACUACACCUCCAAAACCAUGUCCACCUAAUGCAGAGUACAUAGAUUGUGGUCCAGCUUGUAUCCCUACAUGCAUGGAACCUUCCACCAACUGUUCUGGUUCCUGCAUCAGUGGAUGCUUCUGCAAACCUGGAUUUGUCUUCAAGGGACGAAAGUGUGUUCCUCUGGAUAAAUGUGGCUGCUUGGAUGAUGACAACAACUAUUAUGAGCCUGGUGAGCUAGUAUCAGCAAAUGGAUGUUCAAAGUUGUGUCGCUGUUUGGGGAACUACACUUUUGAAUGUGUUGAUAACUCCUGUGAUCCAACUGAAGAGUGUCGAGAGGUUGAUGGUGUUUCUAGCUGCUAUCCUAAAGGUACAUCAACAUGCAUAGCAUCUGGAGAUCCUCACUACACAACCUUCGACAAACGCAAAUACAACUUCAUGGGCAACUGCAGCUAUUUGAUGUCUGCACCUUGCAACACCACAAGUCUGCCGUACUUUGAGGUCCACACAGACAACGAAUACCGAUACAACAGGCUCACCAUCUCCUAUGUCAAGGCUGUACAUGUAUAUGUGUACAUGAUGAAGAUCUCCAUUCUCAAAGGUGGAACUGUGCAGGUGAAUGGGACCAAUGUAAACCUUCCAGUGAGUCCAUCCCCUGGUGUCUCUGUCUUCAUGUCAGGAAUACAUUACACCGUGUCCACAAACUUUGGCUUAACUGUUCGCUAUGAUGGAAACCACUUCAUGGACAUCAAAGUGAUCAAGGACUAUGAGGACAAACUGUGUGGACUGUGUGGAGAUUACAAUGGAAACACUGAAGACGACUUCCGUACACCAGAUGGAUCCUUGACAAGCAAUCCAAAUGACUUUGGUCACAGCUGGAACACUGAUCCAGAGUGUAAUCAGAAACCUAACACUACCAUUCCUGGAUGUGAUCAAGAAGAGGAGGAUCUUUAUGAGAGCUCUGGAUACUGUGGCAUCCUGCUGGAUAAAAACGGCCCCUUUGCUGCAUGCCACCCCAAAGUCAACCCAAACAAUUACUUCAGGGACUGUGUGUUUGACUUGUGUGAGCUGGAUGGAGCCAGACCCAUUCUGUGUGAAGCUAUUGAGGCCUAUGUCACUGAGUGCCAGGACCGUGGAGUCGCCAUUGGAGCCUGGAGGAAUGAAACUUUUUGUCCGCUGAACUGCAGCAGUAACAGCCACUAUGAGCCCUGUGCUGACCCCUGUCAGGAGACCUGCUCUGGAAAACCUUCCUCCUGUGGCGGACCGUGCUCUGAGGCGUGUGUGUGUGAUUCUGGUUAUGUGCUAAGUGCUGGCAAGUGUGUCGCAAGUAAUACUUGUGGCUGCAGUCACACAAAUGGCCAGUAUUACGAGCCUGGAGAGGAGUUCUAUUUGGAGGACUGUAAACUGAAGUGCAAGUGUAAUGCUCCAUUUGUUACCUGUGAGGCGUCAGAGUGUCCCCCGAUGCACGAGUGCAAAGUGCAGGAUGGAGAUUUGGGCUGCUAUCCUAAACCAACUCCUCCACCAACUAAACCACCAACUCCUCAUCCAACUACACCUCCAAAACCAUGUCCACCUAAUGCAGAGUACAUAGAUUGUGGUCCAGCUUGUAUCCCUACAUGCAUGGAACCUUCCACCAACUGUUCUGGUUCCUGCAUCAGUGGAUGCUUCUGCAAACCUGGAUUUGUCUUCAAGGGACGAAAGUGUGUUCCUCUGGAUAAAUGUGGCUGCUUGGAUGAUGACAACAACUAUUAUGAGCCUGGUGAGCUAGUAUCAGCAAAUGGAUGUUCAAAGUUGUGUCGCUGUUUGGGGAACUACACUUUUGAAUGUGUUGAUAACUCCUGUGAUCCAACUGAAGAGUGUCGAGAGGUUGAUGGUGUUUCUAGCUGCUAUCCUAAAGGUACAUCAACAUGCAUAGCAUCUGGAGAUCCUCACUACACAACCUUCGACAAACGCAAAUACAACUUCAUGGGCAACUGCAGCUAUUUGAUGUCUGCACCUUGCAACACCACAAGUCUGCCGUACUUUGAGGUCCACACAGACAACGAAUACCGAUACAACAGGCUCACCAUCUCCUAUGUCAAGGCUGUACAUGUAUAUGUGUACAUGAUGAAGAUCUCCAUUCUCAAAGGUGGAACUGUGCAGGUGAAUGGGACCAAUGUAAACCUUCCAGUGAGUCCAUCCCCUGGUGUCUCUGUCUUCAUGUCAGGAAUACAUUACACCGUGUCCACAAACUUUGGCUUAACUGUUCGCUAUGAUGGAAACCACUUCAUGGACAUCAAAGUGAUCAAGGACUAUGAGGACAAACUGUGUGGACUGUGUGGAGAUUACAAUGGAAACACUGAAGACGACUUCCGUACACCAGAUGGAUCCUUGACAAGCAAUCCAAAUGACUUUGGUCACAGCUGGAACACUGAUCCAGAGUGUAAUCAGAAACCUAACACUACCAUUCCUGGAUGUGAUCAAGAAGAGGAGGAUCUUUAUGAGAGCUCUGGAUACUGUGGCAUCCUGCUGGAUAAAAACGGCCCCUUUGCUGCAUGCCACCCCAAAGUCAACCCAAACAAUUACUUCAGGGACUGUGUGUUUGACUUGUGUGAGCUGGAUGGAGCCAGACCCAUUCUGUGUGAAGCUAUUGAGGCCUAUGUCACUGAGUGCCAGGACCGUGGAGUCGCCAUUGGAGCCUGGAGGAAUGAAACUUUUUGUCCGCUGAACUGCAGCAGUAACAGCCACUAUGAGCCCUGUGCUGACCCCUGUCAGGAGACCUGCUCUGGAAAACCUUCCUCCUGUGGCGGACCGUGCUCUGAGGCGUGUGUGUGUGAUUCUGGUUAUGUGCUAAGUGCUGGCAAGUGUGUCGCAAGUAAUACUUGUGGCUGCAGUCACACAAAUGGCCAGUAUUACGAGCCUGGAGAGGAGUUCUAUUUGGAGGACUGUAAACUGAAGUGCAAGUGUAAUGCUCCAUUUGUUACCUGUGAGGCGUCAGAGUGUCCCCCGAUGCACGAGUGCAAAGUGCAGGAUGGAGAUUUGGGCUGCUAUCCUAAACCAACUCCUCCACCAACUAAACCACCAACUCCUCGUCCAACUACACCUCCAAAACCAUGUCCACCUAAUGCAGAGUACAUAGAUUGUGGUCCAGCUUGUAUCCCUACAUGCAUGGAACCUUCCACCAACUGUUCUGGUUCCUGCAUCAGUGGAUGCUUCUGCAAACCUGGAUUUGUCUUCAAGGGACGAAAGUGUGUUCCUCUGGAUAAAUGUGGCUGCUUGGAUGAUGACAACAACUAUUAUGAGCCUGGUGAGCUAGUAUCAGCAAAUGGAUGUUCAAAGUUGUGUCGCUGUUUGGGGAACUACACUUUUGAAUGUGUUGAUAACUCCUGUGAUCCAACUGAAGAGUGUCGAGAGGUUGAUGGUGUUUCUAGCUGCUAUCCUAAAGGUACAUCAACAUGCAUAGCAUCUGGAGAUCCUCACUACACAACCUUCGACAAACGCAAAUACAACUUCAUGGGCAACUGCAGCUAUUUGAUGUCUGCACCUUGCAACACCACAAGUCUGCCGUACUUUGAGGUCCACACAGACAACGAAUACCGAUACAACAGGCUCACCAUCUCCUAUGUCAAGGCUGUACAUGUAUAUGUGUACAUGAUGAAGAUCUCCAUUCUCAAAGGUGGAACUGUGCAGGUGAAUGGGACCAAUGUAAACCUUCCAGUGAGUCCAUCCCCUGGUGUCUCUGUCUUCAUGUCAGGAAUACAUUACACCGUGUCCACAAACUUUGGCUUAACUGUUCGCUAUGAUGGAAACCACUUCAUGGACAUCAAAGUGAUCAAGGACUAUGAGGACAAACUGUGUGGACUGUGUGGAGAUUACAAUGGAAACACUGAAGACGACUUCCGUACACCAGAUGGAUCCUUGACAAGCAAUCCAAAUGACUUUGGUCACAGCUGGAACACUGAUCCAGAGUGUAAUCAGAAACCUAACACCACCAUUCCUGGAUGUGAUCAAGAAGAGGAGGAUCUUUAUGAGAGCUCUGGAUACUGUGGCAUCCUGCUGGAUAAAAACGGCCCCUUUGCUGCAUGCCACCCCAAAGUCAACCCAAACAAUUACUUCAGGGACUGUGUGUUUGACUUGUGUGAGCUGGAUGGAGCCAGACCCAUUCUGUGUGAAGCUAUUGAGGCCUAUGUCACUGAGUGCCAGGACCGUGGAGUCGCCAUUGGAGCCUGGAGGAAUGAAACUUUUUGUCCGCUGAAAUGCCUCCCUAACAGCCACUAUGAGCCCUGUGCUGACCCCUGUCAGGAGACCUGCUCUGGAAAACCUUCCUCCUGUGGCGGACCGUGCUCUGAGGCGUGUGUGUGUGAUCCUGGUUAUGUGCUAAGUGCUGGCAAGUGUGUACCAAGUAAUACUUGUGGCUGCAGUCACACAAAUGGCCAGUAUUACGAGCCUGGAGAGGAGUUCUAUUUGGAGGACUGUAAACUGAAGUGCAAGUGUAAUGCUCCAUUUGUUACCUGUGAGGCGUCAGAGUGUCCCCCGAUGCAUGAGUGCAAAAUGCAAGAUGGAGAUUUGGGCUGCUAUCCCACCGGCUCACAGGACUGCGUGGUUUCUGGGGAUCCCCACUACAACACGUUUGACAAGAAGUUCUACAGCUUUAUGGGAACCUGCACUUACACACUGGCCAGGACGUGCGAGAACAAGACAGGUCCUUGGUUCUCUGUGGAGGCCAAGAAUGAGGAGCGGGGAGGACCAGGCCUGUCCUACCUGAGGAAACUCUACAUCACUGUGAAUGGAAUCACCGUCACCCUGAUGAAGUCCAGGAGAACUCUGGUGAACGGCGUGCGCGUGGCUCUCCCUCACUCCCCCUCUCCUCUCAUGUCAAUCAGUCUUGCCGGUCAGUACGUCACCUUGGAGACGACCUUUGGUCUCCGGGUUCGUUGGGAUGGAAAUCAUUAUGCCCAGAUCUCAGUACCGAGCUCCUACUAUGACCAGAUGUGUGGUCUCUGUGGCGACUACGAUGGGAACCCAAACAAUGACUUCACUAAACCAAACGGCUCUCCGGUAGAAAACGUCAAUGACUUUGGAAACAGCUGGCAGACGAACGAGGACGAGGAUGAGAGAUGCACCCAAGGCUCAAAGCCGGACCCAGACUGCGACCCCAGCCUGGAGGCUGAGUUGGUGAAACCAGACAAAUGUGGCAAAAUAACAGAUCCUGCUGGACCCUUCAGGGACUGCAUCGCUCUUGUAGAUCCCACGUCGUUCUUCAGAAGCUGUGUUUACGACAUGUGCCAGUUCAACGGCCAGCAUCAUGUGCUGUGUGACCAGCUGCAAGCUUACACUGAUGCAUGCCAGAGUGCUGGAGCCACGGUGCACCAGUGGAGAACUCCAGACUUCUGCCCCCUGGCCUGUCCUCCUAACAGCUCAUACUCCCUGUGUGUGAGCUCCUGUCCUGAAACUUGUCUGGGUGUGUCCGGCCCGCCUGGCUGUAAGGACGUGUGUGUGGAGGGCUGUGAGUGUAACCCAGGCUUCAUCCUCAGCGAUGACAGAUGUGUUGCGUUGAAAGACUGUGGCUGUGUGGACGCCAGUGGGACUUACUAUCCUGUUGGAGAGGACUGGUACUUGGAGGGUUGUGAGCAGAAGUGUGAGUGUCAGGAAGGAGGUUUGCUCCAAUGUUAUAACACCAGCUGCAGACCCGGCACUGAGAGCUGCCAGCUGCACGACGGACAGUAUGAAUGCCGACCUCUGGGAAAUGGAAUCUGUUCAGUGUCUGGAGAUCCUCACUACACCACCUUUGAUAAGGAAACCCACAAUUACAUGGGUGCUUGCUCCUACACACUAACCAAGCCCUGCAACGAGUCCUCCGGGUUGCCGUACUUCACCGUGGACACCAUGAAUGAGCACAGAGGGAGUAACAAGAAGAUCUCCUACGUCCGAGCUGUGGUCAUCAACGUGAACGGCGUGACUUUCAUCCUUGGCAAAGGCCGCAAAGUCCAGGUCAAUGGGACUUUAGUUGUUCCACCCUUUACCUCCAUCAGUGGGGUUCAGAUCUACCUGAGUGGAAAGUUUGUGGUUCUGGAAACAUCGUUUGGGCUGAGGGUUCGGUUUGAUGGGAAUCACCACGCAGACGUCUCCGUUCCAACUUCUUACAACGGCCUUCUUUGUGGCAUGUGUGGAAAUUUUAACGGCGAGCCCAAAGACGACAACUUGAAACCAGACAAUACAGCAGCUUCUAACACCAACGACCUGGGAGACAGCUGGCAGGUGCCUGACCCACGGCCUGACUGCACUAACGGUGGAGGAGAGGAGGACUGUGAUGAAGAUGUGAAGGAAGAGGCCCAGAAGCCCACCAGCUGUGGAAUGAUCACUGAUCCCAAUGGAAUCUUCAAGCCAUGCCACUCUGUCGUCCCGCCCGAAUCCUUCUUUGAGAACUGUGUGUAUGACCUGUGUGCCACCGGCGGCCAGACCGUGGCCCUGUGCCAGGCCAUUGAGAGCUACGCUGACAUGUGUGCUGCUGCAGGAGUCCCCAUCCACUGGAGAGACAACACCUUCUGUCCUCUGAAGUGCCCGGCCGGCAGUCAUUAUGAGCCGUGUACUUCCGCCUGCCCUCAGCCCAGCUGCCAGGACCCUGCAGGUCCCGGGGGCUCCUGCAGCCACCCCUGUGUGGAGGGCUGUGUGUGUAACGAGGGCCUGGUCCUCAGCGGAGACAAGUGUGUCCCACUCAGUGAGUGUGGAUGUACAGAUGAAGAUGGGAAAUACAGACCGGUUGGAGACACCUGGUUCACUGAGACUGACUGUUCGGAGCGCUGUAAGUGUAACGGGAAUCUCAAUGUCACUUGUGAGCCGUGGCGGUGCAGUCCGGCGCAGGAGUGCAAGGUGGUGGAGGGAGUUCUGGGCUGUCACUCUACAGGUAAAGGAGUGUGUCAUGUAGCUGGAGAUCCACACUAUUACACUUUCGACGGUGUGAUGCACACGUUCAUGGGUACCUGCACAUACACACUGGUGGAGGUGUGCAACAGCAGCAUGGUAACUCCCUUCAAAGUGGUGGCUAAAAACGAGGAGCGUGGUCAGCCAGAGGCCUCCUACCUCCGCUACAUCAGGGUCUACCUGCCUCACGACACCGUGGUUGAGCUCCAGAAGGGCCGCAGAGUUCUGCUGAAUGAGCGGCGUGUGCGAACCCCGCUCACCAUAGAUGCAGCUGGAGCCAAGGUGAUAACCAGCGGAUCCUACAGCCUCCUGGACACAAACUUUGGCCUCCAGGUGAAGUUUGAUGGAGUCCAUCACCUGGAAGUCACCAUACCUGGAGAAUACUUCAACAAGGUGUGUGGCAUGUGUGGGAACUACAACCACGACAGCUCUGAUGAUAAUCUGAUGCCUGAUAAGAGACCAGCCAAGGACGUGAUUGAACUGGGCAACAGCUGGAAAUCGGAUGGAGACAGCGAUCCUGGCUGUCAGCCGGACACGCGUCCCAACAUCCACCCCAACUGCACCACAGAAGAAGAGGAUCUGUAUUCGGCUCAGUGUGCUGAGGUCAUCAUGUCUGACCGCUUCAAGCCCUGCCACUCUCUAGUGCCCCCCGAGGUCUUCAUCGGUAACUGCGUCUACGACAUGUGUGAGUACGACGGCAUGCAGGCGACGCUGUGCGACAACGUGGAGGCGUACGCCCACACCUGCCAGAGCGCCGGCGUCACCAUCAGCUGGAGGAACAGCACUUUCUGUCCGAUGCCGUGUCCCACGAACAGCCACUACUCAGACUGUACUCCGGCCUGCCCUCCCACCUGCUCUGACCUCUUCCCCAUAUUCUGCCACCUUCCACCAACCACCUGCGUGGAAGGCUGUCAGUGCAACGCCGGUUACGUCCUCAGUGAUGACAAGUGUGUUCCUCUGGAUAAGUGCGGCUGUGUGGACUCGGACGGAGAGUACCAUGACGUGGGAGACUCAUGGCUGACAGACAAAUGUUCUGAGUCGUGUACUUGUAACCUUGGUGGUGGAAUCACAUGUAAAAACCACAUCUGUAACUCAAACUCAGUGUGUGCCCUGGACAAACACGGCGAGGUCUACUGCCAGCCCAGCAAGUUUGACCGGUGCAGCAUCACCGGAGACCCUCACCACAGGACGUUCGAUGGCUUCAAACAUCACUUCCAAGGAGCUUACACCUACGUCCUGACUCAAGGCCACAAUCUCCUGGACUCCCAGGUUCCCCUGCUGGUGAGAGGGAAGAACAUCAGGCGAGGUGGGAACAAGAGAAUGUCCCUCCUGGAUCAGAUGUAUGUUGACGUCUACGGCGUCAGCGUUCGUUUCCUACAGAAGAAGGUUAUCCUGGUGAACGGAGAGCGUGUCACACCUCCUCUCAGUCCGGUCAGGGGCUUGACGAUCACGAUGAACUCCAAGGAAGUCCAGCUUUCCACAGACUUUGGACUCACAGUACGCUUUGACGGCAACAUCCGUGGAGAAAUUGAGCUCCCCAGCACAUACAGGCACUCUGUCAGAGGACUGUGUGGAAACUAUGAUGGCAUCACCAGAAACGAGUACAUGAAACCCGAUGGGACAAUUGUCAGGAGUUUGAAUGAGUUUGGAGAAAGCUGGAGAACCAACGACCGAGUUGGUGAUGGGCUGGAGAUCGCUGAUGUCCAGACGGCCGUUCAUGUCCACAGGCGAGAGGUGGAGACGGACCCAGAGUCGGGAUUUGAGACGUCUGACUGCUCCACGUCUCAACUCAUCGACUACAACAGCGUGAAAAAGUGCGGAGCCCUGUCAGACCCUCAGGGGCCGUUUGUGGCCUGCCAUGACACUGUGGAACCCCAACCCUACCAGGAUGACUGUGUGUUUGACCUGUGCGCUGAGGAGGGCAGCGAGGAGCUGCGCUGCGGCAGCUACGAGGCGUACGCCACCGCCUGUCAGGAGGCUGGAGUUAAACUGGGAGCCUGGAGGCAGAAUCUGAACUGCGCCCUGGCUUGUGGUGCCAACAGCUCCUACUCCCAGUGCAUGACGGCCUGUCCAUCGUCCUGCGCCGACCUGGCAGCACCCGCUGAAUGUGACAUCACUUCCUGUAUGGAAGGGUGCCAGUGUGCCUCUGGUUUCGUCAUGAGCGAGGGGAUCUGUGUGCCGUACCCAAAGUGUGGCUGCACCUUCCUCAACAGAUACUACCCUCUGAAUGAGAAGUUUGUCACUGAAGACUGCUCUCAGUCGUGCGAGUGUACCAGCAGGGGAGCCGUGUGCCAACCCAAGAGCUGCCAGGAGGGUCAUGUCUGCACCAUCUUCGACUUAAAGCGAGACUGCUUCAAAGCAAGUCCCUGCCUCAGUUAUCCCUGUCUGAACGGAGGAACAUGUGUGACAGCCAACAACAACGCCUACACAUGUGCAUGUCCAGAAGGCUUCUAUGGCCAGAUCUGUGAGAUGGAGGUUACUGGGGCUUCAGGAGGGCUGGCAACCAAGUGGAUAAUCCUAAUUGCAGUCUUGGUCCCGGUUGUCGUCGUCGCCGCCAUUGUGAUUACCGUUGUGUGUGUGUGCAAACGGAAAAACAAGAAAAACAUUUCUGAUGACGGAAGCGUCAGCUUGAAAUCAACAGGUUAUUCAUACGAACAGAUGGAUGACGAAAGGAAACAAAAAAUGACCAACAUGUGAUGACAUGUCAACUUCUGCUCUGCUCUUCUUCUUUAUGUGACAAACUAACACUUUUUAACUUAUAUUUUUGAACAAACCUUUUUUGUGUGAAAUGUUAAUGUUUCGUUAAUGAACUUGUUUUUUUUUAAAUGUCUGUAAUUUGUGAAUAAAUAUGCCUUUGUUGAAGCACA